UCACACACUGUCAGACACUCUUUCUCACACACUGUCACACACUCUUUCUCACACACUGUCACACACUCUUUCUCACACACUGUCAGACACUCUCUCACGGCUGAAAUCACUGCUGUCUGUUGCUCUAUCCAAACACAGGAACAGGGACAGGAGCAGAAUGACUGUGCUUUAGCCUGGCGGAGGGGAAAGUUUCCCUCACUGGGCAGUGAACAGUCAGAGGACACACUGGGACUACUGUACUGGACUACUGUACCACUACCACCCUCAUGAGGAAUGAAGUGACAGGAGAGAACAGACAGCAGGACAGAGACGUGGUUCUAGUGUUCAGCGGUCGGCGGUGCUCAGGUGUAACACCUGACUCUGAGCUACAAGAGGCGCUCCGUACCAGACUCAGGGUCGUCGAGAGCAACAGUCAGGACGUCAUCCAACUCUUCAAGGACCUGUCUGCCCGUCUGCUGUCUGUCCACGCUGAGAAGGACAGCUUUGUCAUCACCUUCAAGACUGUAGAGGAGAUCUGGAAGUUCUCUACCUACCUGGCUCUGGGCUAUGUGGCGCGGUGCCUGGAGAAUUUCCUGUGUGACCAGUCGUUCUGGCUGGACACUGAGCUGCUGAGGGACCUGGAGAUCACUGUGACUGUAGACGAGGAACACCUAGCCACACUCUACCUGGGACUGCUGCUGCAGGAGGGUUCGUUCUUUGCCAAGGCGCUGGUGAGCAGUGGCGAGCAUAGUGAUGAGGAAGAGGAGUUGUGUUUCAGACGUAACGACUUGCUGAUGGUUAGAGACACAGGGCAGGACAGUCACUGGGAGGGCACCCUUCUCUCCACCGGGCAACACGGACUAGUGCCUGUCAACACCAUGCAGCCGCUGCCAUACCCCUUCUACCAGUGGUUCCUGAGGAAGUACUCUGACUGUGCCGGAUGCUCCCCUUCAGAGAGAGAACAGUUUGACCACCCUAUAGUAACCGGAUUCUGUGAGGCUGUAGUGGACCACAACCCAGUAGGUUCUGAUGAGCUCCAGCUGAGUCAAGGUGACCUGAUUGAGAUAGAGGGGAUGCUACUCCGAGGUCUGGACCUGUUCAUAGGAACACACUGCUCUACAGGAAACACUGGCUUCGUACACAAGGCUCACGUCAAGCCACUCAACGCCAAACCCCCAGACGGACAACUGGUGUUUCUGAGUGAGGAGGAACGUGCGUCAAUGGCCCAGAUUAACCCCUGCAGUAGUGAACCCAGAGACAGCGGCAUCCUAGAGAGACUCUUCUCCUCUGACAUCAGUACUGUCUACAGACUAGAUAGACUGGAUCAGUCUGACUUUACGUACAUCAGAAACCAACCAAAACAAGAGCAUAAGCCCCCCACCAGCGCCCGGCAGUCCAUCAUCUCAGAGAAGAGUGACGCUACACCCCCCUACCACUCAUCCCCCCGCCCCUCCCUCUCUCACUCCUCGCCCCGCCCCUCCUUCUACGCCUCCCAGAAUGCUUUGGGGCGUGGCGGUGACGGGGAGUUGCUGUCCUUCAGUCUGGAUGACACCUUCAGAGAGAUGAAUGAGUUCCAGGAAGACCCGGCCCUUUUCCUGGAGGAGGGGAGCUGGGAGGGGGUGGAGUCAGAGGUCUGUGACCCAACCCUGACUCGGCUCAACAUGCAUCACUUCCAGGAGGACUUCCUGCCCCUCUAUGACCUAAACCACUCCUUCCUGUGGCUGACGUUCUCAGGACAGAGUGAGGAUGAGUUACUGGGCCAUCUGGAGAUUGUCAGGGAGGGGGCCAAGAGAACGGGCAUGUCCUGGGCACACCGACGGGCAUGCUUCCUACUGGGGAGGCUCUGCGCCAAGAAGCUCAAGUACUCCCAGGCCCGUGUGUAUUACGAGGAAGCCCUUGGCGUCUCUGUUGACGGUUUCUCUGACCUCCCUCUCCUCAUCGCCCUGUACACCAACCUCACAGCCAUCUACCUCAAACAGAAGAUGGCCGACAAGCUGCCCCCGACCCUGGAGAAGGCCAGUGCUCUGCUCCUCUGCCUCCCCAGCCACACCUUCACCUCCCUGGAUGAGUUUGAGCUGCUGAAGCUGGUGCUGCGGAGGUCUGUGGUGGAAGGGGACAAACACCUGGAGGCACGGGCCUGCUACCUCACUGCCAGCCUCUUCCUCCUCCUUAGAAAGAUAGAUGACGCCCUGCCCUUCGUGGAGCGUCUCCAGUUCCUCACCGUUACCCUGUCUGCUGAGGAGGGACGCCCCAUCGCCCCCCUGGACCUCAACUGGCUUCUGUCCCGUCUCUACCACCGUAAAUACAUGCCCUACCUGGCCCUGGCAUCACUCAGCCUGGACUCUGGACAGGACCACUCACUACAGGACGCAUUCCACAGGAUAGAACUGUUCAGCAGGAACUCGGUGCGUCUGAAUCCGCGAUGGAAAGAGGGGACGUCUCUUCUCCCCGCCCAGAUCGUGGUGUAUCUUCAGCAGGCUCUGGCCAUUGCGGAGCGGGGUGAGGACCUUAAGACCCAGAGAGACCUGUGUCUGGGUUUGGCCUGUGUGUACCAGCAACACGGCGCCUUGGUGAAGGCCCUGCCCUGUGCCCAGCAGGCUGUACAGACCGGGGCAGGUAUCAACGAGGAGGAGGGGUUCGAGGCUUCAGUACUGCUGGGAUGGUUGUUAGUCCUGACGGGACAGCCUGAGAGGGCACAGAACACCCUGCAGCCACUACUGCAGUCUCUACAGGGAACAGAUAGCCCGACCCAGAGGGGAGUGGUCCACAACCUGCUGGCUCUGUGUCUGCGGCGGCAGGGUCGCAUCCCCGAGGCCGGCAGCCACCUCCACCACGCCCUCACCAUCUCCAGGGAGAGUGGCAACCAGAGGAACCAGGCCCUGGCCCUCGCCAACCUGGGCUGCCUGGCACUGGGCGUGGGGGCACCCACACUGGCAGAACGAUUCCUAUUCAGGUCUCUGUGGUUGUUCCUGGAGAUCUGGGAGAGUCCCGUUGACGAGGAGCACGUCCAGACCUUCCUAUGGCUGGGGCGGAGCUACAAGGACAGGGGGAGGAGCCAGGACCUCAGGCUGUGUUAUGAGAUGGGCCUCCUCAUAUCCCUCCAGGCCAGGAACCUCCACAGUCAGAUGGUGGUGGCUAAAGUCCUGAGUCGUCACUAUGCUGACGUGCUGCUGUAUGGACAGAGUAUCCUCUACUAUGAGCACUGUGUGUCUGUGUCCAGGGACCUGAAGGACAAGAGACUAGAGGGAGAAUAUCUAGAGAUCCUCAGCAGCCUCUACCUCUCCCUCAAUACUGAGAAAUCAUCAAGGAAGUCUCUGGACUACAGUAAGCAGAGUCUGCGUAUCUCCAUCGACCUGGGGAAGAGAGAGGAAGAGUCAGAGACGUGGCUUCAGGUGGGACGCAUCUACUACCUCAUCCAUGAAGACGAACUGGCUGACAUGUACCUACAGGCAGCGGUGAAGACAGCCCUGAGGAUGAAUGACCCUCGCUUCGCCAUGAGUAUCUACGAGGAGGCAGGAGAUAUCUUCUUCAAAGGCCACAGGAACAGACUGGCAUCACUGCCCUUCUACAGGGACGGCAGUCUCCCGUUUGCUCGGAGCAUCCAUGACGUCCACUCAGAGUUCAGACUGCUGAGUAAACUGACUGAACUACUGAUGACCCAGGAAGAGCAUGAAGAGGCUCUACAGUACGCCAUUCUGGCUGUACAGAUCAGUACCAAAACAGGUGUGUGUGUGAAUGAGCGUGCAGCAUACCACCGUCUGGCUACAGUGUACUACAGUCUGGAGCAGUAUGAGAUGACCGAGAACUACUACCUCAAGUCUCUGUCUCUCAGCCCUGCUGUACUGCAGCACCCCCUGGAGGCUAGAUACUUCACCAAGCUCUACUGCAGGCUGGGGGACCUGACGCUGCACAAACUAAAGGAUGCCUAUGACUCGGUGGGCUACUUCCAGCUGGCACUAGCUGCUGCCCUGGAGGACCGUGGCAACCUGCAGGCGCUGUAUGUGGUCUACAUGAAGCUGGCAGAGAUCCAUGCCAACCACAUGCCAGACCCACUGCUCUGCCAGGCUUACAGGGACAGGGCACAGAGCUUGAGGAGGGAACUCUCUGGGCUGGAAGGAGAGACAGAGGAGUGGAGGGAAGGAGAGACAGAGGAGUGGAGAGGAGAGAUGGAUGGCAGAGGAGAGACAGAGGGAAGAGAAGAGACGGAGGGGAGAGGAGAAGAGACAGAAGAGAGAGGAGGAGUAACAUGUGAUACAGACCUGGAGAUGAGAAACACAGACAUGGAGGAGACCGAGCCAGAGACUGGAUGCAGUGAGCAUACAGAUACUAUCCCCAAAGAGGCUAUUGACAUGGACAGUGCACAGAGCCUGAGGUUGGAGCCUGCUGGACAACAAGACAUGGAGGGGAGAGACACAGAGGGACAACACACAGGACUUGGAGACAUGGAGAGGGGAGACACAGAGGGACAACACACAGGACUUGGAGACAUGGAGAGGGGAGAGACAGAGAUAGGAUACCCAGACACUACAGAGAAACAACAUCCAGUUACCGAAAAGAGAGACACAGAGACUGAGACUGGAUGUGGUGACUCUAUCGAUGCAGAAGCAAAUUCCAAAGAUGCUAACUGUAAGGAUAGUAGUCACACCAAUGCAGAUAGCCAUGAAGCCGAUUCUGAUGUGUUUAAAGGAGACAGAGACACCAGUAACUCAAAUCCAGACAAGCUCCUCCCAGAGGCUACUCACACAGACCAAGACACUGACAGUACAGACACAAGCCCUUAUCAAGCAGACGUUGAAAACACACAGAAUGACUAUACAACAACAAGCAGUGCAUUUGUAGACACUACAAUAACAGAGGACACUGACAGUAUAGACAGAAUACCGUGUGACCCUAACAACACUGAGACUAUACCAACAGAAACAUGCAUCAAACAUAGCGACUCAACGGCCACAGACACAGAUAUAGACACACCCUACAAAGACAGCCCUACAGACAGCGGUCACACAGACACAGAUGCAGACAUAGACUCCUCUCAAAGACAGACACAGAGGUAACCCACAAAGAUAGCCCUACAGACAGCAGUCACACAGACACAGAUGCAGACAUAGACUCCUCUCAAAGACAGACACAGAGGUAACCCACAAAGACAGCCCUACAGACAGCAGUCACACAGACACAGAUACAGACAUAGACUCCUCUCAAAGACAGACACAGAGGUAACCCACAAAGACAGCCCUGCAGACAGCAGUCACACAGACACAGAUACAGGCAUAGACUCCUCUCAAAGACAGACACAGAGGUAACCCACAAAGACAGCCCUGCAGACAGCAGUCACACAGACACAGAUACAGGCAUAGACUCCUCUCAAAGACAGACACAGAGGUAACCCACACAGACAGGCCUACAGACAGCAGUCACACAGACA